GCGCGCAUCACGAACUGUUCUGGGUUACAGAGACAGUUGACUGUCAAUGUUCUGACCUCUGCUCUUCGGUGAUGGAGGAGUCGGUGGUGGACGCGGCGUCGCUGCCGCGCUGGCAGGAGCUGGCGCCCUCUCGGCCCUCCGUGGAGCGCUACUCGGCGCCGCGCCACGAAAGCAGCCCCUUUCCCUGCCGGCCCGACAUCAACCAGGUGGUGGCUGUCUGGUACGGCCGCCUGUGCCAGCUGAACACCUCGUGCGUGGUGGUGUCGUCCGACGAGCGGGACAGCGGCGCCAGUCCGGUGUGUCGCCACCUGAUGGAGCGGGCCGGUCCCGAGAUGGCCGCGGAGCUGCGGCGCUCACGAACCCGCCUGCCGACGGGCGAGGCCCGGCUGACCAAGGGCUACAACCUGCCGGCCCGCUUCGUCAUCCACACGUCCACGCCGCGCUACAACCGACGCUACAGGACGGCCGCCGAGAGCACUCUUCACGCUUGCUAUAGGGAGGUGCUGCAGCUGGUGAAUGAGCGCCGCCUGGCCAGCGUUGCGCUGCCCUGCCUGCACUCGGCCCGGCGCGAGUUCCCGCCCGACGCCGGCGCGCACAUCGCCCUCCGUACGGUGCGGCGCUACCUGGAGCGCUUCGCCUGCGCCGACACCCUGGUCGUACUGGUGCCGGACGUCAUGGACGCCGGCAUAUACGAGGUGCUGAUGCCGCUGUACUUCCCGCGGAGCCCCGAGGAGCAGCAGUACGCCAGGUUCCAGCUGCCGGAGGACGUCGGCGACGAGUUCGGCGCUCCCGUGAUUCCUGACAGGGCGAUCCGCAUCAUCGACAACCCCCAGCACAGCUACCAAGGUCUGCAGCACUCGGGCGAGCACCGCGGCGAGCUGCCGGCGCGGCUGGCAGCCGACCUGCGCGACUUCUCCCAGAUGGAGGACGACGUCGACCGGCAGCGCCUGCUCGGCACGGGGCCGGCCGGCAGCGCCUCCAACUUCGCCAUCUCGCAGCAGCUCUGCAAGCGCGAGCGAUACGAGCGCCUCUUGCGGCGGGCGCGCACAGAAGACCUGUCGGAGAUCUCGGGCAUCGGAUGCCUGUACCAGACGGGCAAGGACCGCUUUGGCAGGCCCGUCAUCUGCUUCAUCGGCAAGUGGUUCCGCGCCCUCGAGAUCGACCUGGACAAGGCGCUGCUGUACCUGAUCUACCUGCUGGAGCCGCUGGUGGCCAACGACUACACCAUCAUCUACUUCCACACGCUCACCGAGUCGGAGAACCACCCCGCCAUGAGCUGGAUCCGCCAGGUGUACGACGUGCUCGAGUACAAGUACAAGAAGAACCUGAAGGCCUUCUACAUCGUGCACCCGACCAUCUGGACCAAGCUGAUGACCUGGUGGUUCACCACGUUCAUGGCCCCGGGCAUCAAGCAGAAGGUGCACAACAUCACCGGCGUCGAGUACCUCUACAGCAUGAUGGACCCCGACCAGCUGGAGAUCCCGGCCUUCAUCACCGAGUACGACAUGACGAUAAACGGCAUCCGCUACUUCCGGCCGCAGGCGUAGCGCCGCGUCGCGGGCCGACCGUCGGCGGGCGCGCCCCGGGCCAGGCCGUCCUGCCCCGGUCGCCAGGCGCCGCCGGCCGCCGCCAAACGCUGCAGCACAUCAGCAGCGCCGGGGCUCAGUGACUCCUGCCGCCGCUGCGGCCGAUUCCAGCGCGGGUCGAGGAGAAGAUCAGCCUCCGGAGUCGAGCCCGAGUCGUGUAGAGUCGCGCUGGAGUCGCGUGGAGUCGCAAAGGAGUCGAGUCGGAGUCGCGCGUCCAGGGACCGGUCGGCGGGCUGCCCAGUGACCAGUCGGAGCGCGGUCCGACCGCCGCCGGCUCCGCCCCCUAACCCCGAUGGAAUCCGACGCGGCGGUGACCUCUGGUGACGUACGGGAUCUGCGCCGACCUGACGGGACUGGUGGUGAUCUUGGGUACGUUGUGACCCUGCUGCCAACGCUAACUUCGACCUUUAUGACCUGGUGAGGCCUUGAACGUGAUUCCGUGCAGUGAUGUGGUGAAAUCGCGGUGAUUGCAGCACUGUUGUGACUUGGUGAGAUGUAUGGUGACCUGUGGUGACCUAGCGAGAUGUGUGGUGGCCUGUGGUGACCUAGCAAGACGCGUGGUGACCUGUGGUGACCGCCGCGGUAUCCGGCUGUGAGACGGACCGUGCGACCAUGGAGAGCGAUCUCCUCCCGAGACCCAGAGUUCGGCGGCGGAUCGGAGACCCAGGAUCGGCGGGAGGCGGGCUCUCCCGUCACUGGAACACUCGCGCGGUGCCCCAGGGGCCAGCCGCGGCCUGCCACAGGCAGCCGUCCCUGUGACGGGCUGCUCUGCCAGGCUGCAGGGGACAGCUCUAGCUGCGGAGGGGUGGCGUGUCUAGCAGGGGUAGCUGGCAGACGGGGGCCGAGCCGUCGGCGGGCAGCUGGCCGACUGUGGGCCCUUUGUCCGGCGCUGGCCUGCUCCUGGGAGGACAGGGCCUCUAGCCUCCUCCAGGGAGGUCAGGGCCUCUGGCCUCCUCCAGGGAGGGCAGCGCCUCUGGCCUCCUCCAGGGAGGGCAGGGCCUCUGGUCCCCUCCAGGGAGAGCAGGGCCUCUAGCCUUCUCCAGGGAGAGCAGGGCCUCUGGCCCCCUCCAGGGAGAGCAGGGCAUCUGGCCGGCGGCCGGCCCCUGCCCGGCUCGACGCGGCCGGCGCAUGUGCCAGAGCGCCGAUGCUCGCGAGGUAGACAUCAGUCGCCGUCGCGUCGGGUCUUGUGCUUAUACUGGGGCUUGAUUGGUUAGUUGUGUUACGACGCAGGCGCUGGCUUUGCCUCGGCCAGUACAACCCACAUGUAUCGCUUAUUUUACCUCCGUUUGUACGCGUUUUCCGAUUCGCUAGCGCGUAUCGCCAUCGAGCGGCGGCGGGCGAUCUGAUUACUUGCUCUCGCCGGCCUGCCCGCCGCGGAGUUUCAUUACGAGCUUCUGCCGCGCCGGGGGGCGCGCCGCACGCGGCCUCGGCGGCCGGGGGUGCGCGGGGUUUCCCGUCCGCGCACUCCGCCGCUCGGGGCUGUCAUGGGCGCCUCGCCGGUCGCGCCUGGGGCGGCCGGUGGAGUGCGGGGCGUUACUCUGUGGUAAUUUCAUAAAUAAAGUGGUAGCGUGUUU